AUGAUCGCAUGGGCUUCGCCAUUGGGUUUGGUGCUAUUCGCUCUUAUGGCAAGAAGCACCGGUGCUGACCCAUUGAGCGGAAUCUGUGUCGUAGGAGCUGCUAGCAAAGUGCUUGAUGGUGUAUUCAAUCUUUUCCGAGAUCUAGUCUUCGUCAUUGCUUGCUGCAUACCCUUACUAGUCGGAUUCCGAGUAAUGCUCUCAACACCACAGGCUAACUUCGGCACGGGCCUGGAGGGAGCACUCUAUCCAGCCAUGGCAUUAUUCUAUAUGCUUGCUUUUGUUAAUGAUGCAUGGCAGCCUACUUUGCAUUGGACGCAUAGUUGGAAUGUUGUAUCUGCAAUGAAGAUACUAAUUGAUCCCAUUUUGGGAGUACUAGCGGCAUCGGCUUGUCUGUUGCAUAUCAUAGUAAACCUAUGCCGUGCAAUCAGAUCUCCUGUGGCCGAUAAGCACGGCUAUCAGCCGGCAGUUCCACGUAUCCCGCAACCGGCUAUCCCAGUCAGUGUUCGUUCCCAUAACACCUAUGCCACAACUACACAACGAUUACCAAUCUGCUAG